AUGCCAGCCUCGCCGAACGCUGCCGCCUGCAGACGCAGCGUGCUGUCGUGUGUCAGGUGUCGAAAGAGGAAAUCCAAGUGCGACAGACAGUUACCGUCGUGUUCACAAUGUGUCGCGGUGGGCGCAGAAUGCAGGGGCUUCAACUCAGCCCGCGGCGCUGCCAUUCCGCGAAGCAUUGUACACCAUCUGGAGAACGAGAUUGCCAGCCUCGAGUUGAAAUUGGCAGCACUGGGCUGCGAUGAGGCCGAAAUUCAAGGGGAGACCGAUCACAAGGAGACACCCAACCUGAACCUGUCUGUCCUUGCUACGGCUACGAUGAUGGAUGAGCCAUCGCGAGUCUCCUCCUCGGAGACGGAGAUCAGAGAGCAACACGUCGCGGUGGAACAUGCAACGAAUAGGCCCACUCCGAGUACACCCUCGCACCAUCGGAGAACAUCGAGUACCCGAGACGCGACCAAGGAGCGUGUCAUUGCCAGCGCCGAAAUCCAAUCGAUGAUCAAUGCAACUUUGCCAGUGGGUCCAUCACUGACGGACGUUGUACGGCGAGUCCGGAUGGGGCUCACGCCGUCGCUGGUACUCUCGCCGGAGGCAAAGGAGCAGGCCCUCAGCAAGACUCCAGCACAGAAUCGCGACAGCGAGCCCGAGACUGAUGUGUCGACCUUGGCAAGCCUGCCGUCCCACGUCGUCCACACGUUGGUCAAGAAAUACGUGCAACGCAUGCUCCCUGUCCACCCGUUUCUCUACGAGCCGACCAUAUGGGAACAGCUCGACCGGGUGCUCCUGAAGAUCCCGCGGGCUGAGGGAAUAGAGUCCUGCCCACAGACAGUAAGGCUUGACUACGACUUCCUCGUCAUCUACUUGAUUCUCUCCGUGUCUGCCACAUUGGGCAGUGCAAAGGUAGGCCAAGGGGCGCGGUGCAUGGCCUUUUCUGAAGCGCUCUUCAAGGAAGGGAUCCGUCACCUCUCGCAGAAUGCAGCUUAUCCGUCCGACAUGGCCUGGAUCCAAGUCACGUUGCUGAUACUGCAAUACGCAUCCAUCAAUCCGAAGCUGGGGAACGUGUGGAUCCUCAGUGGGUUUGCCAUGCGCAAUUGUCUCGAGCUGGGCCUGCAUCGCGAAGUUUCCGAGAGCAUGGGACUGGACCCCUUGACCAUAGAUUUACGCCGACGCAUCUUCUGGGCUGCAUACUGUAUGGAUCGGUCCAUUUGUGCGGCGCUCCAGAGGCCGCUGUCCAUUCCGGACCCGGCAAUUGACACGAGCGUCAUGUCAGUGCUCGAAGAUCGGUGCAUCACUGCACACGGACUCGAUCACCGGGGACAAGCAACAAAGAAAUUGGCUAUUCGCUGGAUCGAAUUUCGGCGAGUGCAAUCCACAAUCAUCGAAGUCCAUUUCCAAAGUCGGCUGCUGGAGCCCCAACAGACGUGGCAGGAGUGGCUGAUGGCCACAGAGCGACGACUGUGGGAGUGGUAUCAAUCCGAUCUCCCACACGACGGGUGGACCGAGUUCGCCUUGAUGCACGGCCUAGUAAUGUUGCACAGACCAUCCUCCCGUGUGCCGUUGCCAUCUUCCUCGAGCAUGUCCACGGCCUUCGAGGCAGCCUGCUCGGCGGCCAAGAGCUGCCGAGGGCAGAUCCUGUCGGGAUACUUCCCACGACCAUGGCUUGCGGCUCACCACACCUUUGAAAUGGCCCUGGUGGUGCUGUUCUGUCUACGGCACAAUUUUGAGGCGAUCGCGCUGCGGUUCAGUCCCAACGAGAUCUUUGAGAUGACAAAGCUCUUCACCUCGAACCUGCUGACCAUCUCAAGCCAAGGCUGGACGGAAGUCUCCGCCUAUGCGGCCAUCUACGAGAGACUCCUGAGCCCAUUACUUGAUGCCAUAUUCACCCGGUCUAGACCCGUCGAGGCGGCGUAUACCCCAGAGCAGGAAGCGGAAAUGGCGAGGCUGCUGUACCCCAGUCCUGCACAUCCCCAGGAGCUGCGGUUCGCGGACAUAAGCGGUUCCAAUGGCACAGAGGAUCUGUUCUCGUUCGAUGCCGGUAUUUUCGACUGGGAUGACGAUCUGCUGGCUCAUGACACGGAUUCGUUCCCGUUAUUGGUAUUCUAA